AUGCCCGAUGACAAGGCAGAACUUGUAGACGGUGCUGAAAAUGUCGUCUCAGUUAAUCCGAACUUUAAAUGCCUAUUGUGUGAAGCUAACCAUUGGUUGACCCGUUGCCAUCUGUUUAAAGAAAAUUAAGGCUUACGAAGAGAGAUGCAAGUUUGUGCGUGAAAAGGGUUUAUGCGACAAUUGUCUUCAAUCAGGUCACCUGGCUACUACUGCCCAAAGCAGAGUUUUUGUCAAGUUUCUAACUGCAAUUUGAAACACCGCAAACAUUCCACCUUCCUUCAUCCGAAGAGAGAGCAACCCGAACGACCUGAGCACCAAUCGAGCCCCUCCACGAGCGGCACAUCUUCUAACGAGCCUAAUGUUCGGGCGCAGAAUAGCUUCUUUGGUGUGUCAGAGGGACUGUGUUGCUCUACUGGGGCCGGAGCUCCAAGUAUAGGUUUGGCGGUAGUUCUAGCCUGUGAACAGGCUCUCUGUUUGGGGGGAAAAAUAGCGAGGAUAGGCAAGGGAAAGGGGAGUGAGAGCCUGUAGACAAACAUUUGAGACCGCUAUUCUGCCCUCUUGUAAUUAUCCUGCCGAUCAUCUGUCAGUAAGAUCGUUAUCUGUCAAUCAGUUUUGCGCGUGAGUAACUCCCGGGAAAAUUAACGGGAAAUGAGCGUUGUUUGCUCUGUCUGAAAACAGAGAGCCUAUUCACAGGCUAAAAACAGAUAAAAACAGUGAAAUGAAGCGCGAGCCUCAUUGGCGAUUUUGUAAAAACUUGCUGAUCUCCGUUAAGAGAAUUAAUACGGAGCCGGUCUUUGGCGUUUCAAGAAAUAACACCUUGCUGGUUGACAGUGGUCAAGGCAGCGUUGUACUAGCGCAAGCAUUUGAAUCCUUAAGAUUUCCCCUUGAGCAAGGAGAAAGCUUUUCCGAUUUAAGCUGCGUUACUUGUGCGUAACAAGCCGUUCGUUCUGCUAGUUCGCUUCUAAUUUAACAAGCCACUGCAAUGAGCGAACUUGGAAUGCGAAAGGUACAGAUACUAUCCUGACUUCUUCAGAACGUGACGCUUCGAAGACAAGUACAAAGAGAUCAGCAAUGCGUCGAUCGCCGACAGAAAUUACAUUUUCGGGCAUUUGUAGCAAUAAAAGGGAUCGGUAGGCAUACACGACUUUUACCUCAUGCCAAAGUGCUGCUUGUUCCCAUAAGUUUUUUCCUCUGCCGGGUAGAUUAUGCUCAGGAAGGUUCUACAUUUUUACUGAGCAAAUGUGAUUUUACACAUAUCCAUUUACUGUGGUUUUUCUUUCUGGUCGCAGGAUUUUCCCCCUGAUGAAAGAGCAUUUCUUUGACCUCUUUUGAAGCGUAAAGCUUUUUAUUGCGGCUGAAUCAGGGUCUUACUUUUCUCCAAAGUGCCUUCUGAAUAACUAAGCGAUUUUCUUUAGUCCGUGAAUGUAAUGUUUUUCUGCAAUGUUGUAUCACGCUGGGUCCAGCUCCUUAGUUUUCUUUGCAGAAUGUUAAAAAAUUAUCUGGGAUAGUGAUAGAUCCAAAAUUAUAAGAUUGAAGUGCAGCUUAAACCGAGGCUACAUGAACUAUGGAGAAUUGCAUUGUGACCCGGUAAACUCCAGCUUAGUGUUUUCCUAAAACAGUGAAAGUCUUUUGACUGUAGCGCGUACUUCCUCCCUUGGUAAUAGCUUUUGAAUAAGCUUAACAGUCUUUGGACUGUUUUUUUAUUGCCACUUUGUGAUCAAAUCGCGUGCUAUGUGCCGACCGAAAAGCAGAUGUCAAUCAGACCUGUCAACAGUCAGUGUUCUCGCCAAUAGGAGCUUGCAUCAGGAUCUGAUGCACAGCGGGUGCCGUUAAACGGCGGUCCCAAAUGUUUGUCUACAGGCCUUUUAGCUUUUCCCUCUCCCCAGUUCUGCGCUCGUCCAAAGGCCUGUUCACAGGCUACGGUAGUUCCUGUUAAAGUCAAAGCGAAGGGAAAAGAAGCUGUGGUUGAAACAUAUGCAUUCCUCGACCCAGGUUCUAAUACAUCAUUCUGUACUGAUCAGCUGACUGAGCGGCUAGGUGCGACCAGAAUGAAGACGACCUUUGUCACUGACAACUACGAGUCACAAGGAUGCCAAAUCUCAAAGUUUAGUGGUGUGCUUGGAAAUUAGUGAUCUGUGUGGAAAUCACACCAUCGAACUACCGAACGUUUUCUCGAGGCCAAGUCUUCCAGUUACAACAGAUGAUAUCCCGCGCCAAACUGACGUGGAUAGAUGGGCAUAUUUGAAUGGUAUUCAUAUUCCUCAUAUUGACGCUGAAAUUGAACUUUUGGUUGGUAAUGACCCAGCUAAAGUAUUAGAGCCUAAGGAGAUAAGAGAAAGUAAGGAUGGAGUGCCGUCCACUGUCAGAACUUUGUUUGGUUGA